AUGAUACAGGGCGUGAUCUUCUUGAACCAUGAGACAUAUGCACCGCCUCGUUGGCAAGGAACCUUGAUCGUCUCUGCAGCGUCAAUUGGCAUGAGUCUUUUUAAUAUAUUUGCAGCGAAACAUCUCCCACUUGCCGAGGGCAUCUUCGUCACAUUUCACUUCUUUGCAUUUGUUCCAAUUAUUGUCACAUUACUCGUCCUCGCUCCCAAGGCAAAGGCCCAAGACGUAUUCUUCGGUUUUAAGGAUUAUGGGGCUGGGUGGGCGAAUCCAUCUUUGGCAGUGAUGAUAGGUCAAGUGUCCUCAAUGUUUACCGUCAUGGGCUCUGACUCAGUCUCACAUAUGUCUGAAGAGAUUGAGGACGCUGGUGUUACAGUUCCUAAAUCAAUGAUAUUGUCCUUUGCCCUAAACAUACCAUUUGGCAUAGGUUCAGUCCUAACAUAUUUAUUUAUAAUGCCUGACGUACAAGAUGCUCUUGACUCCCCUGCUGGUCUACCGUUUAUCUACGUAUUCUCUGAGGCUACGAAGAAUACAACGGGUGCAAGCAUCCUAGUUGUAGCCAUCCUCCUCUUAUUCUUCAUGAUUACUAUUAGCUCCACAGCGUCAGCAUCGCGACAGACAUUCGCUUUCGCUCGAGAUAAUGGUCUGCCCUUCUCUAACUGGCUUGGAGCUGUCCACCCGACACUCCAUAUCCCCGUCAACUCAGUUAUAUUAACAUGCGCUUUCUCUAUUAUCAUGUUCCUGAUCAAUAUUGGUUCUAGCGUCGCGAUGAACGCCUUGUUAUCACUCGCUACAAGUCCUCUCAUGGGUACAUAUAUGAUCUGCAUUGCUUGCGUUAUCGUGCGCCGCAUCACGAAAUCUCCACCACUACCCCCUUCCCGUUGGUCGCUUGGUCGAUUUGGAAUGCCAAUAAAUAUACUAGCCCUGGUAUAUUCUUCUUGGGCAUUCUUUUGGAGCUUCUGGCCCGUGAACCGUGAAGUCACGGACGAAACUCUCAACUGGGCACCGGUCCUGUUUGUCGGGGUAAUGGGAUCAUCUGGGUUGUUGUACUGGCUGGUUGCGCGGAAGGUUUAUGAAGGCCCUGUUGUUAAGGUUGAAGGUCGGAAGUUUCAUUAA